AUGCGCAUCACAGACAUCCCCGCAGAGUGCAUCCUCCGUGUAGUUGAGUUCCUCGACCUGCCUGACCAGCACAGUCUUCUCCUGACCUGUUCGGACCUCUUCUCGAAGGUCGUCCCUGGACUCUACCGGUCGCCCUUCAGAGCCAUCCUCGCCUAUGACCAAUGGCGACUCGCAUCAUCUUCCUUAUCUCCCUUAUCUCAACCAUCUUUACCGUCACCUUCACGUCCAACCCCAACUACGACUACGAUCACACACCGCCCUUCUCUCUCCAUCAUUACCACUACUACAGCCACCUCUACUCGCCACAGGCUAAAUAGUAACUACCCCAAUAAUAUCAAUGUCAGCACACCACAGCACAGCAGUGUCAACGCAUUCGCUAACGCAAAUAACAAUGUGAACACCAGCGCCAACACCGGCCCCAUUGCCCCCCUCGGAGGUGGAGGAGUCCAUCGGCCCCAAAACAUCUCCACUUCCUCCGUAUCAUCCACUGCAUCCACUACAUCCACUGCUACCUCUUCGUACUCCUCCACUAACAAUAACAACGAUCGCACUACCAACUCACCGACAACAGCAACCUCUUCAUCGUCCAAACAAAUUGAUCCCUUCACCAGUCUCCUCCUUCGGACCCAUGGUUGUCCAUCCCCACCUCGCCAUACUACCGCGCAGAAACAAAGCCAAGGUCACCAAAAAAGACCUGCUUCCCUACAGCGCCGGUCCUAUUCAGAACAUCCAAAGGGCACCAGCAGCAGCAGCGGCGGCGGCAGUACUGUUACCUCUGUCAGUCAAGUCAAUCUGCGAUCUAGGAGCAACAACGGCAAUGACUACAGUCACCAUAUUUUCAACAGUAGCAUCUCAAACACUCAUCACUACCCGAGCAUCAACAGCAACAACAACUGCUGCUGUUACAAUGGCACACAAAUCAACAUUAAGGCUCGUACUACUAUCAAUCCUCUCGCGCAACUAAAGCUGAACAAAAUCACUCGGCUUCUCCAGCUCCUGAUCUCUUGCACCUCUGUCCAGGCACGUCUUCCUGCGCUACGGUACCCUGGUUACGGGCAACAAUGGAUCCGGCCGCCAUGCUAUGUCGAUUAUCUUCAGCACUAUAUUGAUCAGCAGGAAAGCGGUCAGAGCUUGAUCCAAUGCUUUCAUCUGCUCUUUGCAAACCUGGUCCAGUGUCGAUGGGACGAUGAGGCCCAAGGGCUCGGCGUGCCCAUCGCUCCACCGGAUAAAGAGGCCUAUAGGGUUCUUCACCAGAUCCAAAAAGAGUUUAUGACGCAUAGCGCGGCGAAGAUACGGACAUUGUCAGUCUCGGUGGCUCAUACCGUUGAACAUGCAACAGAGCUGGUACCGCAGUUGGCGGCGGUGACGAAGCUGGAGCUGACAGACGUGGAGGAUCCGGAAUUCAAAGUGGAUGAGGCGGUUGAUUUUAUAAAGUCGCAUCGGAUGCUGUUUGGGCAUGUUAUUAGAGAUGUCAGGUUGGUCGAUAAGGCGGCUGUGACACCAAGCUCGUCGCCAACCUCCCCGUCAUCGCCACCGCUUUUGACGACUGCCUCGCCGACGAUUAACACGGCAGCAGCGCAUGCGUUUGCGGCCUACGCCUCAACAACUCGUUUCAUGGGGAUCCACAAUAACCAUAAUCAUCUCCUCGCGGUGAUGGAUACGCUCAAGAAUCUGGAACGGAUCGACGCUACGGCCUGGGCGAAUUGCAUCUUACAUCUAGACGCCAUUCCAACCACACAUCUCAAACGUCUUUGGCUUUCGUUUGCGUUCCCACCCUCAGAGACCGUCGACAGCAAAGCUGCGCGACUGUCCGAGUACUUAGACCGAUGCCGGAGACUAGAGGAGGUCCGGAUCCCGAUCCGACGGGCAGACGUCUUUCAUUGGGCCCUACAGGAGAAGAAGACAGCAUUGAUCUGUGCGCCGAUCUUGGCGAGCUCAAAGACAAAGAGAUUACCACGGAUUCGUAGGAUCCAUCUCCAGGGCCCGAGUCUGGAACUGAUGGAUUGUGUUCAGGACGCGGUUUUUGCAUUCCAGGAUACGCUCGAGGAUCUGGAGGCACGGUCGCGGUUGAGGGUAUGGCAGCCGACGACGCUGAGCUGGAAGUGUAUCCUUCCGAGACUGACAUGUCUGAGGCUCGAAGGAGAGAUCAGUAUGCAUUUCUGUAUGGAGACGUUGGAGCGAUGUCCAGCGCUUGAGGAGCUAUCUUUGGCGACAGCCACAGCGGAGGAUUAUAGAUUUCAGCAAUCAGGGUAUGGGUAUGGGCACAGACAUGGGCAGAUACAGCAGGAUCCAGGUUCAAACCUGCUGUUGUUUAUUCGCUCGAGAGAGAUGUACAAGAUCGGAUCGCUUAAAUGGUUGAGGUCCUUGAGUUUGAUAGGGCCCUGGCAGAUCCCGGAUAUGGCUCUGAGAAGGAUUGCAGAUCGAUGCGAACAUCUGAAGGAACUGGCUCUGGAUCAGACGAUGGGGUCAACGAUCGGGGGCGUGCUGUUGGCGGUUGAACGGAUGCAAAGACUCGAGAAAUUGGAUCUGUGUUUGGAUAUUGUGGAUCUGCGAUUGGUAAAAGUUGCAGCGAGGAAACUGAGGUUCUUGUCGUCAGUGCGACUGACCAACUUGCGAAGCGAGGAGUAUUAA